AUGUCAUCAACCCUCACCUCCAUCGCGCAUUGGCCAUCCACCUCCGCCGCCCCAGGCUCGGAUGCCUCCCACUGGCAUGCAUCGACGAGCCGCUCUGCCAUCCAGCAUCCGAACCAUCGCUCGCCAUUAGGCUCCGCGCCUCACUCGCCUAUUCUGGACGCGAUGCCAGACGGAGCUGGUAGGCGAGAUGUGCGCUGUGCCCCAGGCCAUUCCGUUGGCCCUGGGCGAUCAGGAACUCAGGAUGCGCAGCAUUGGCACCCCAGCAACGACGUCGAUCUCCAUCAUCUUGCUGUUGCAGGUGCCAUCGAGGCAGCUGGGUACCGAAGUGGACAAUCUUCGGGUCGCGGGACGCCUAGGCUUACUAGUCCAAGCCUGCGGUCACCGCACGUAG